UUUACGGGAUUAGACUCGGGAGGGGAAGACGACUUUUGGCGGCUGACAAAUAGCUUUCAGAAGUACUGGGCUUUAGUCUCCGGUUUAAAGCGCCUCUCGGACCCCAUUGCGCGUGCGCGCACGUGGCUCCACCCUCUUUGUCCGGCACCUUGUUCCCAAUGCUUCCUGCACGCUGGACGGCUGGACUCCUCUGGCCCUCAGUUAGGAGGUCCACUCCCACCGUAGUGCGCCACGGCCUCCGAGAGCCGCUCUUCCAGAGACGAUGCGCGGUCGCCACCUCCUCCCAGCACCCAGCGGGCCUGGGACCUGGGCUUCCUCGUGGCCCGACGGCGAGUGGGGUUUACAAAGGAAGGGAUGACUUGGAGGAGAGUUUUUUAUUUCCCGAGUAUUUCCCGGAGCCGGAGCCCGCACCGGCUCUAGAAGAGCAGCUGCGGGAGCUGCGGCAGCGUCAGGAAGAGGAGGAACGACAAAAGCAACAGCAGCGAGAGGAGCGGCGGCAGCAGAAGCUACGGGACAGCCUCCGGGUGCACCGGGUCGUGGGACACCCUGACCCGACGGUGCCGCCCAGCGGCCUGAACUGCUCGGGCUGCGGGGCGGAGCUGCACUGCCAGGACCCUGGCGUGCCCGGCUACCUGCCCAGCGAGAAGUUCCUUAGCGCCGCGGCGCAGGCCGACGGCGGGCUUGUGCGGACCGUGUGCCAGCGGUGCUGGCUACUGGUGCACCACCGGCGCGCCUUGCGCCUGCAGGUGAGCCGCGAGCAGUACCUAGAGUUGGUGAGCGCUGCGCUGCGGCAGCCUGAGCCCGCCCUGGUCCUUUACAUGGUGGACUUGCUCGAUUUGCCUGACGCCUUGCUUCCCGAUCUGCCCGCGCUGGUAGGCCCAAAGCAGCUGAUCGUGCUGGGGAACAAGGUGGACCUACUGCCCCAGGACGCGCCCGGCUACCUACAUCGGCUCCGGGAGCGGCUGUGGGAAGACUGUGCCCGCGCCGGGCUCCUGCGAUCCCCGGGCCACAGAGGACCACUGCACCCCGGCAGGGGCGGGCCACCAGAUGGGGAGGAGAAUUCAGAUCAUUCGGCCAGGUCCCGUACUGUACUCCGGGACGUGCGGCUUAUCAGCGCCAAGACUGGCUAUGGAGUGGAAGAGUUGAUCUCUGCGCUUCAGCGUUCCUGGCGAUAUCGCGGCAACGUCUACCUCGUUGGUGCUACCAACGCUGGCAAGUCCACUCUCUUCAACACGCUCCUGGAGUCAGAUUACUGCAUCGCCAAGGGAUCUGAGGCUAUUGACCGAGCCACUAUCUCCUCCUGGCCUGGUACUACAUUAAACCUACUGAAGUUCCCUAUUUGCAACCCAACUCCUUACAGAAUGUUUGAAAGGCAAAAAAGGCUUAAAAAAUAUGCAGCUGAAGCUGAAGAAGAUCUUAGUCAGCUAGAACAAAAUCAACUUCAUCUCUUAAAAAAGCAUGGUUAUGUAGUAGGAAGAGUUGGAAGAACAUUCGUGUAUUCAGAAGAACAGAAGGAUGAAGCUCCCUUUGAGUUUGAUGCUGAUUCGCUUGCCUUUGACAUGGAAAAUGAACCUGUUAGAGCUGCAGAUAAAUCCACCAAAAAAGUAGAUCUGACCCCACAAGAUGUGAAAGAUGCCCACUGGUUUUAUGACACCCCUGGAAUUACAAAGGAAAAUUGUAUUUUAAAUCUUCUAACAGAAAAAGAAGUAAAUACUGUUUUGCCAACACAUGCCAUUGUUCCAAGAACUUUUGUGCUUAAACCAGGAAUGGUUUUAUUUUUGGGUGCCAUAGGCCGCAUAGAUUUCCUGCAGGGAAGUCAGUCAGCUUGGUUUACAGUUGUGGCUUCCAACUUCCUUCCUGUGCACAUCACUUCCUUGGACAAGGCAGAUGCUAUAUACCAGAAGCAUGCAGGUCACACAUUACUCAAGGUUCCAAUGGGUGGAAAAGAACGAAUGGCGGAAUUUCCUCCUCUUGUUGCUGAAGACAUUACCUUAGAAGGAGGACUUGGGGAAUCUGAAGCAGUGGCUGACAUCAAGUUUUCCUCUGCAGGUUGGGUUGCUGUAACGCCUCAGCUUAAGGACAGGCUACAUCUCCGAGGCUAUACACCUCAAGGAACAGCGCUGACAGUCCGGCCCCCCCUCUUGCCCCAUAUUGUUAACGUCAAAGGAGAGCGCAUCAAGAGGAGCGUGGCCUAUAAAACCAAGAAGCUUCCUUCCCUGGUGUAUAAUCUGCAGAAGAAGAAACAACAGAUGAAGAUAUAAAGCUGACCUUGCUCGUGCUGAAUAUUUUAGCUAAACUACAAAGCUAAAUUUGUUACUGCUCAGAACUGUGCAUAUUUGUAAUGUACUCAGUUUGUAAAUACAAGUUUUCUUGUAGGGUGUGUACAUAUGUGUGACCCAAAUAUUUGUAUACCUAAAAAGGAGUUCUGCUACAUUCAAGUGCCUCACUACUGUCUUUUUUUAUUGAGAACAGAUGUCAUUUCUUAUUUGCAGUCUACUUGAGAGGACAGUUUAGCGAUUGGCCUAUGAAAAAGUGGCAGGAAAUCAAUUUCUCCAAAUAAGAGAGACAUGAGUAGGUGGCUCUGCACCGUGUGGUCGCCCAGGGUUCCCGCUGGUGGAACAUUCCAUGGCUUCGCUCUCCAGUCGGGUGUUUGCUCAAGUGGCCAUCCUUUCCCAGUGAGGGGGGAGAGGCGAGGCGAUGAAGUGCAAGCAGCUUCCCCGUUUAAAAGAAGGGGCAGAACCUGAAGGUGCAUACAUCAUUUCACACAGUCCAUUGGUCAGCAGUCACAUGGCCAGACCCACCCACAAAAAGCUGGGAGAUUGGGGGGCCAGUAGGGACCAUUUCAGAUCUUUAGCACUUAAGACAAGGGGAGAAUGAACACUGGAGAACAAAAAGAAGUUUACCUUACAGGAGUUAAAAGUGUUUGAAAUUUUAGGUAAAAAGGUUUCAAGUUACAUCUUGUUAGCAUCCAUAGUCUAUUCUGCAACUACCAGAGAGUUUAAUUAACCAUUUUCACAUUUGUAUACACUGUGUAACAUUACAUCAAUCAGAAAUGUUUACCUUUUGUUAUUUCUAGAUGAAUACAUACAACGAGCAAUUGGCAGGUCAAGUCCCAGGCGCCUUGCCAUAAGUUGAGAAAAGUGCUAGCAGGAUAAGCUGGCCUGAAAUGCAGUCAGGUCCAAGAAGUUCCUAUAGACUCAGGUUUAACAUAAAGUACUUCGAAUUGUUUUAUUUCAUUUUACUGAUUUUAGAGAGAGAGAAGGAAGGGAGAGAGAGAAACGUCGAUUUGGUGUUCCACUAUUUAUUUAAAGGAUCGGAAGACACUCUAGCCCACUGAGCUACUCAGCCUGGGCAGCAUAAACUUUUGUUCUCUGUCAAUGUGUACCCUCUAGCCCCCCUUCUCACUAAGUCCUCUUAGAAUAAAUGCAACUUGUAAAAA